AUGAAGUUUGUGGCUUUCUUCACCCUCCUAACCUCUGCAGUUCAUGCUGGUCUGCUGAGAAAAAGACAGAGUUGCCCGCAGGUUUGUGAUCGCUCCCACUGCCCUGCCCCGCCGCAGGCAUGUUACUACGGCCAGUUGAAGGACGGGUGCGGCUGCUGCGUGGUGUGCGCGGCCGGGGAGGGUGAUGCCUGUGGGGAGAGGAGUGCCGGCAGCGGCCUCCCCUGCGGUGAUGGGCUGCUAUGUGACUCUGUCCAGGGGAAGUUUGGUGGGCAGCAAAGCUCCUGUGUGUGCACCUCCUCUGGUCCAGUGUGCGGCAGCGAUGGCCGGACUUACCCCAGCAUCUGCCGCCUGAGAGCCGAGAACAGGAGAGCCGAGCUCGAGGAGAUACCCCCGGUCAUUCUGAUCCAGAGGGGCUGGUGUGACUCGGGAAUGCAUCACCAAGGAAGUAUGCGCUACAAGUUCAACUUCAUUGCAGAUGUGGUGGAUAAGAUCGUCCCAGCUGUGGUGCAUCUGGAGCUUUUCCAAAGACUGCCAUUUUCCGGUGAGGAGAUCUCUGUAUCGAGUGGCUCUGGGUUUGUAGUUUCAGAGGACGGCUGGAUUGUCACCAGUGCUCACGUACUCACCAACAAGCAGCGGGUAAAAGUCGACCUGAAAAGCGGUUUGCAGUACGAUGCUACUGUCAAGAAUGUGGACCAGAAGAUGGACAUUGCACUCAUCAAAAUAGAACCAGAUCGUCCCCUCCCUGUGCUCCGUCUCGGCCAGUCCUCAGACCUGCGCCCCGGUGAAUUUGUGGUGGCUGUGGGAAGCCCUUUCUCCCUACAGAACACUGUCACAACCGGCAUCAUCAGCACUGCACAGCGCAAUGGCCUGGAGCUCGGCUUUAAGGACUCAGACAUGGACUACAUCCAAACCGACGCCAUCAUUAAUUAUGGCAACUCUGGUGGGCCGCUUGUCAACUUGGAUGGAGAUGUAAUAGGCAUAAAUACUCUAAAAGUGGCAGCAGGAAUCUCUUUCGCCAUCCCUGCAGACCGAAUACGUCAGUUCCUUACUGAUUACUACAACAGACAAGUCAAAGGAAAUACGGGACAAAAAAAGUACAUAGGGGUCCGGAUGCUGCAGCUCUCACCAUCUUUGAUCCAGCAUCUCAAGGAGCAUGACAGCAUAUUUCCAAAUGUGACCUCAGGUGUUUACAUUUAUGAAGUAAUACCUGGAACAGCUGCAUCCAGCGCUGGCAUAAUCGAUCAUGACGUCAUCAUCAGCAUCAAUGGGCGGCCUGUUCACACCACACAAGAAGUGAGGGAGGCCAUCCAGAAUGGCAGCGCGCUUUCAGUGGUAGUGAAGCGAAAAGAUAAGGAUGUUACACUGACUAUCAUUGCUGAAGACUGA